AUGACCGUGGAGUCAGCGUUUUUGAUUCUGUUCCAAUACUCUGUGCAGUCUUUUUUGCGAGACAUACUGGUGGACUACAGCCUCAUUCUAUACAAUGUUGGUCCAGAGCGAGGUUGCCAGGAGCAAGCUUCGACAGAGUUUGUGUGGACGUUCCAGGUGUCAUUUUCUGAAUACUGCUACAAGGAGUAUUGGCAUCCCCCAGCCUACCUUGUGGCGGCGCUCAAUGUUGGUUGCUUCAUGUUAGUUCUGGCCAUCUGGCUCUUGCCAGUCAUGGGCGUUAUUUCUACUUUCGGGUUUUGUUCGCAGAAGAUCGGGACUGGAGCCUACCUCAAGCUGUUGUACGAGGUCCGCGAGAGCUUCUGGGCUGAGCACAGCAUGCGUUAUUAUGUCCUGUGCACGAUACUUGAGAUCCUAGCAUUCAGUGCCAUGGUCGUCCUUCUUCUUGUCGCCCAUUCCUUCGGCCGACUGUACUGGUCGAUUCAGCACAAAUUUUUGGCUGCGUUGGUUACAGUGAUCAGCAUGCGGCAUUUCACUCGUCCGCCCAAGCCGACCUUUGACUUCAAGAGCAAGUGCUUUGAGAAACUCGAGUUCCGAGGUGCUUUCCCGAUGCCAAGCAGCUUCUUCACAACAAGUUUGCUAUAUGCCUUGGCCGAAGCGGAGGUUGCAGACGCCAUUGGCAGUUCCAGGGUUGCUGUUGAAGACCAACAGAAGCUGCAUCUCGUGACUCUCUUGGGGGAUGACGACCAAGAAGGUCUCAGGCAU